AUCACCAUGAGAAGUUUACACGACUUGGAACAAGGUGUACGCGACACGUGUAUUCGAACGUUGAUCCUGGCACGCGCGAAGGUUGCGGUAGAGAAGAGGUAAUGCUUAGACAACGAUACUGAGUAGCCAAACAACCUAACAUAGUACGCGAAGUGAGCGUGCGGCAGCAAAACAUGAGUGGCUAUCAACAGCGGAGAAAACGACGAAAGUACAGGCCAAGCUCGAAACAUCCUGUAAGCAGUACUCAAAAGCCUGGAACAUGCUAUGCUCUGCAAUGAUGCAAGAGCUACUGCCUGUCGAGAUUCGCGAGAUGAUAUAUGCACAGAUCUGGGAUGUGGAAUACCUCAACACGACAAGACAGCAAAGCCUGCAGUCCAGCUCUCCAGGCCACUCCGAUCCGAGGUGCCAAUCACAUGUCGUUCUGCCCGACUUCAUGGGCAAAGAGACAGCACUGGAGAUGGUGCAGGCAUGGUACGAAGCAGCAGCUAGACUCAUGCCAGACACCUUCACGAUCUCUGAUACCCAAGAGUCGAUUCAACAAGCCGUAUGUGAAGAUCGUUUCCAGGUCGGCCUAGACCCAGCAACAGUUCUUCGGACUCUUACCAUUGAUUUCGACGAGACCACAUCCAGGAUCAGUAGUCCGUAUUGCAAGUGGCUAGACGCAGACACGCGCCGGAAGUCUUUCGAUCUUCUUCACCGGAUCAAGAAAAAGAGUGGUUUUCGACUCAACUUCCGUAUAUGCACUCCCAAGUUCCGAUUGAACUGCUGGCCCGACUUCUUCGAUCUCAUGCAGCCCAUAGUCAAGACCUUUGACGACGAAGGAGCUAUCGUCGACGUUCACGCUAUACAUUGUGGCCAUGCCCGGUAUCCCGCACCGUAUGUCUGUGUGGACUUGAACAGCAUCGUUAGAGGCUAUGAUCCAGCGACGUGGAAGAAGAGCGUAAGCGAAUAUCUUGACUCGAUAUGUUUCUGUCGGAUUAGACAUCAAGAUAGACAUUAUCGCGGGGAGGAUGAGCCGGGUUACGAUCCAGACGAUGGGGAGGAGGACUAUUGGGACAGGGGCUUGCACGAGGAUACAGGUUUACGACCUUCUGAUUUUGAUAGAGGGUUGUCAAGACACAAUUGUGGUUGCGAUGGCAGCGGGAGGCGAUGGUAAUUGGGGUUCUGCUCGUGUGUCGUACGCGAUGUCGAUUGGAGCCGUCACAUAUCCGGGGGCUGCGGGGAAAUGCUAGACAAGAAGGCGGUGACGAAAACUUCAACGUCUAUGGAUGGAUGCGAAGCCUUCUUCAGUAGUUACAGCUCGCUGCAUUCCCAGGGUUGUUGCUGAGACAAGGAUUCGGAAUGUUCCGAGGUUGCCGCUGUGCCGAAGUCGACGAACAUACAGUCAUCCCAAGUCUUAACUUCUUAACCUCCAUA